AUAUAAAGGGUCCAGAGUCCCUCUGGAGUAACAGCUGAGAAGUCGUUUCAAAUCAAUAACACAUAAAAACAUUCAAACACAUCUACACAAUGCAAUUCGGUAUUUUCCUCCUAGCUUCUAUCGCCUCAGCUGUUAAGAUUCAACUCUCUGUUGAUCAUCCGUUAAAGGAAUCUGAAUUUACCGGCAUAUCUUCUGAUUCAGGUAAAGGUGGCUUGAACUACUUGUUCCUUCGUGAACAAUCACAAACCCUCGACUACAACCCAGAAACCAAGCAGAUCACCACAGAUGAAUACGGUUCAACUUAUACCCUACAAGGGGUGGUCAACACAAACAGUUUCCCAUUCCUGGCUUUGUAUCCAGGUGAUGCAUCCUCUGCCAAUGAAGAUGCAACCAUCAACUGGGAUAUCGAAGACGGUGUUCUUAUUGCUCAUAAACCUAACGGUAAUGAAGUUCAACUGUACGCUGCAAAAGAUGUUGGUGAUCCAUACGGCUUGUCGAAAGAUAGUUACAUCUUUGGUGCCACUGAAGCCGAUAAGCUGAGCGAAUUUGCUGCCGUGAGAGGCUCUCACAACCUUCAAGUUGUCAAGAUCAACGUCAAGACAUUUGAGGAGCCAGCAAAGGACGUGUACGUCACCAAGUGGUGUUCUGCUUGAAUGAAGGGAGUUUUUUAACCUCUCAGAAUCUUUAUACCUUUCUAUUUACGAGAUCAUUGUUGCAUUCUUUCUUUACGAUUUUCCAUUAUCAUUCCCUUAAUAACAGUUUUUAAUCAAAUGGCCCAUAAUUUCAUUAUAUUGAAAAUGUAGGGCACAUGGUAUUGACCCUCUAACUUCUCUGGCUGUAUACAUUUGCGACUCAUCAUUGGGUACACGUUUAUGGGCGCACAGUGUAGUUCAGUAUUACUUGCCUAUUCCUCCAUUUUCCUGCCAUAUAAUUCAUUGUAGAGGUUUUACGAAAGAGUAUACCAUCUGUGAGUAGUGACACUCCUUUGUAUUUAACCUUACCUUUAUAUGUGAAAUGAAACUCCUGCAACAAUAAGCGGAUUGAGCGUCUUCGCUGUGUUUUGUCCAAUACUGAAGCGCAAGGCGGAACCAAUGCCAAUAGAUCUGGCCAAUCAGGUUUGAGUA